AUGACCCUCCCCAGUUUUAAGGAGCUACUUGCUCAACUGUCCAUAAUACCCAUCCCAUCAGAUUCUGAUUUUACUGUUUCUACAAUAUCGAAUACCAUCUAUCAUGUCGGCCAGCUGUUGAUACGCUCAGCGUCGCUGAAGCUACUCCUGUCGAGCACCUUUACUCUCGCUACCGCAGCUGCCCCCCUCACAGGAUCUGGCGCUUCAGAUGUAAAUACCAACGCCAACACAAGCGCAGCGUCCAGCCUAAGCAAACACUCUUCUUGCGCAGACACUUCGGGAAACGAUGACAUCUCAGAGUAUCCUUUGGCGAAACCCUCUCCGAGCUCGCUGAACUCUAGGUUCCAGUCUUGUAUCCAGCUUGAAGCCUCGGGAACCGUCUUUGACAAAACAGAGAAGCGCCGCGACUACGAGAAGGCGAAAAAGAACUUCAACCAGCAGUGGAAACGCUUGAAGGACAAGUUACACGCUCGCGCCGAUUCAGCUACGAAGAAGUCACUUGGAGAGGCUGCUUUUGAUGAGCACUCUGAAAAGUACAAAUCACUUGGGAGGCAUCCUGAUCAGCUCUUGCCUGGCGAAUCGUCUCAGUCGCAAAGCCAGGCCAACCAGGUCGACGAAGACGACGGCAAUCCCGACUGGGAAACAGACGACGAGCUUAACGAACUUGAUCGGAUAUGUGAGAGCCUGAAUUUCGGCGAAUCUGUAGAGCAGAUGAAGAUCAAGUCGCAGGAUGAGAUUGUCGCCGUAUGGAAACCUUAUCUUCAGGAGAUUGUCGCCCGCAGAGUCAUGGGCAACUUCAGUAUCACUACCAAUUUUCGCAGUCCAGCACAUGUUUUCACGCGACUUGAGAUGUUUGUCUGGUAUAUGACGAAGCUUGAGAAGCUCAAGACUCCGAAACCACUGAAUCGAUUCUGGCGUUUAAAGAAUGGGUAUUUCAAGCUUCCCCAGGCCUCAGGGAUGUCAGCUUUUCUGCUACCUAGUAGCCAGGGUUCCAAGAUCACAUACCCUCUGGCCAAGAAGCGACGCUACAAGUCUCCGAUUUGGCAUUAUUUGCCUGGUCCUUCCUUUCUUUGGGAUCAUGCGAGAAUUGAGCAACUUGGCCUGUUUGAGACCGCUCUUCAGCACUUCGAUGGCCCUAUCAUGGACACUUUCCGUCUUUUGGUAGGGGAUUUCAAGCCAGCAGAGCUUGUGAACAAGCGCGAGCCAUGGCUUGAACUUCAGGUACUUAAUCUAUUUGAGUGA